CUCAUGGCACAUUUGGAAGAUCAGCAAAGUGAAAAGGCUACUGUUUGUGUGAUGGAUGCCUCUGGUGUUCUUGGCUUAUCACUUGUUCAUCAUCUUCUUCAGAGAGGAUACUUUGUUCAUGCUGCCACCAUUGAUGGAAAUGAAGGUGAAUUGAAUGGUUUGGAGGAAGAAUCAUGCAGUAACAAAAGACUGAAGAUCUUCAGAGCAGAUACUUUUGAUUACCAGAGUAUCACCAAUGCCAUUAGAGGCUGCUCUUGCUUGUUUCUAUUCCUUUGAGCCAAACCUAGAAGAAUGUUCAUAUGAUGAGUUAAUGGCAGAAGUGGAAGUCAGAGCAGCUCACAAUGUCUUGGAGGCUUGUGCUCAGACAGAGACAGUAGAGAGGGUGGUGUUCACAUCAUCAGUUACUGCUGUUGUCUGGAAAGAAGAUCACAAGUCAGAGGCACAGGUUGAUGAAAGAAGUUGGAGUGAACCUAAUUUUUGCAGGAAAUUCAAGCUAUGGCACGGUCUAGCAAAGACAUUGGCCGAGAAAACUGCAUGGGCAUUGGCAAUGGACCGAGGUGUAGACAUGGUGAGUAUCAAUGCAGGGUUGUUACUCGCCGGAGCUCAAUUAUCGUCUUCAUCUCCAUACUUGAAAGGUGCUCCGGAGAUGUAUGAAUCCGGUGUGCUUGUGGCUGUUGAUCUUCAGUAUCUUGUUGAUGCUCACAUUUGUGUUUUUGAGAACUCAGCGGCAUUUGGCCGAUACAUCUGCUUCAACCACACCAUCACCCGGCCAGAGGAUGCUCUCAAGCUCGCUCAAUUGUUGGACCCUUCAUCCAAACCUUGUUCUCCUUCAAGUGAUGAAUUGAGGAUUGUUCAGCAAAAGAUCCAGAACAAGAAGUUAACUGAAUUGAUGAUGGAGUUCGCUUGAGAAAACACCAAAUAUAUGUGUUGGAGAAUCAAGAAGUUUCACUCGGUAGCAGUUAUGUGAUUGGCUGUGAGGUUCUUGUAUGAUAAAUUAUUCUUCGUUUUAAGAAAAAAAUCAGUUCGUUGAAGUUGUGUGAUUGUUUGUGAGGUUCUUGUAUGAUAGAUUAUUCUUAGGCUUAAGAAAAAAAUUUAGUGAGUAAUAAUAAUUGCGAGCUUGUUCUCGCUUAUGUUCAAUAAAACCAUACUAGCAGAGUGUUCAAAUGUGA